UCCAAAUACUGCGACAUCUUUUUUUCCAUUUUCUCCAAAUUGAAGAAUAUUCUGGUAUAAGAAUAGAAUAAGAAAGAAGUAAGAAACCCGGCGUGAUUUAGCGAAAUUGGUAAAAUUUAUAAGUAUAAAUUAGAAAGAUUUAAAAUACGAUUUGUUAAAUAAAUUUAAAACUAAAAAUAUAAACUUCCGUCUCAAUAUUCAUCAGAAAAAAAAAACAUGGAUUUUGGCGAAAAGAAUUUAGAGGCCUUGAAAACUUUUAUAGCAGUAUGCUCAACCAAUCCACAAAUAUUAAAUACACCAAAAUUAAGUUUUUUCAAACAAUUCGUUGAAAGUUUGGGUGGAAAAAUCCCGGCAGGGGAAUCCAAAAUGCCCACUUUUGAAAGUUCUGAGAAGCCGUCGCCAACAUCUAAAGCACCCGAUUCAGAACCUAAAGUAGAAGAAGAAGAUUCAGAGAAAGAAUCUGAUGUAGAAUUAGAUAUGGAUGGUGUAAUUGAGCCUGAUACAGAUGACCCACAGGAAAUGGGCGAUAAAAAUAAAGAGGUAACAGAAGAAGAGAUAGAUCAAGCAAGCGAUUUACGUUCCCAAGCAGCUUCAGCUUAUUCUGAGCAGAAAUUCGAAGAAGCAAUUGAUUUAUAUACGAAAGCCAUAAAUAUUAAUCCAGGAAAUGCCUUAUUCCAUGCCAAACGUGGGCAAGCUUAUCUUAAAUUAAAAAAACCAAACGCUUGCAUACGUGAUUGUGACAGAGCAUUAGAGCUUAAUUGUGAUUCUGCAGCUGCAUAUAAAUAUAGAGGUAGAGCCAACCGCCUUCUAGGAAAUUGGGAAGCAGCAGCAAAAGAUUUAAGGCAAGCUUGCAAAUUAGAUUAUGAUGAAGAGGCGGACGAGUGGUUAAAAGAGGUAACUCCAAAUGCUAAAAAAAUUGAGCAACACAGAAUAAAGUGGGAUCGUAUAAAAACUGAAAAAGAAAUAAAGAAACGUCAGGAAAGGGUGCGCACCGCCCAAGAAGCAAAUAAAAAAGCUCAGGAGGAAGAAGAAAGUCGCAGACAAGGUGGAGGAAUGCCGUCAGGUUUUAGACCAGAAGAUAUGCCAGCAGGCAUGGAUUUUUCAAAUAUGUUUAAUACGGAUGAAGAGCAUGUAAAGAAAUUAUUGUCCGAUCCAGAAGUAAAAGAAGCCCUAAAUGAUAUUGGAAAAAAUCCAGCAAAUUUAUCAAAGUAUUUAUCUAAUCCCAAAUUUUUAAAUCUUGCGUGUUUACUAGGUGGUGAUCUUAAAUCAAAAAUGGGUGGUGGUGGUAGUAGUGAAACUGGGGGUUUUCCAGGUUUUCCCGGUGGUGCUUUUCCAGGUGCAGAAAAUCCACCUAAUAAUCCACCACCCCCACAGUCAAAGCCUUAUAAACCAGAUUUUUCCGAUGAUGGACUGGAUUAAUUUUAUAUAUAUAUAUAUAAUCUAAUGUAGAAGUAUGUUCACUAAAAAGUUGACUGCGGGCGAAAUUUUUUGUUUAUUAAAAACAGGCUGCGUUUAGACCUGGAAAAUGAUAAUAAAAUAUAUAUUAAUUAUAACAAUAAUAUAAUGCUUGUUCAAUUAAAUAUGAGAUAAUUCAGAA